CAGCGCAUCGUGCGGUCUCCCUAUACUGCCGAAGCCUAGGCUACACUCCCCAUCUCCUUGAGAACCACUUGGCGGAGAACGGUGGAUUGUUGUCCUGGCCGGGAUCGAGCCGGGGAGCAACGCGAAACGCCAGAGACGUAUCCGAAAAGGUUCCUUUAACAUGCAGCUGCCUUUUUGAUGUCAUCCCACAUCCACCGAAGGAGGUGUCCACGAUUUAUGCCGCAAGCUCUAAUGCUCCAGUUUUAUAGCCUACUAGCCUACAAGACAACGAGUGAUGUGGAUUCGUCCGGUGGAUCUUGUUGAAUUGCCGUGCGCUAUGCAUUUUCACAUUCUAAACUGAACCUCAGCGUACGCUACAACGGCGAUUUAAAGGGAUCUUUGUUUUGCUCAUCUUUGGUAGGCUAUUUCCCUUCACGGAGCGGUCGAACCUCAGGGGUUUGAGGAGAGAGAUUUGGAAGGGAUCACUAAAGGACAGGCUGUUCACAGAUGAAUACAUAUUAAAAACAAGACAUCGUAGGCCGUCCAUUUUGUCACGGGAGGAUGUUGAGGGAUGGACUGCUGAGAUAAAUACGAGAUUUAAGCUUUUGGAAAUGGAACCAUUCGGAAUUAUUCAAGGAUAUUAAUCACAUCUUGGCAGACAGAUGGAAGGACGAUGACAAUUUCAUCAUUCAAGUCACAUCUCACUUAAUGUUUGUCACCGAUCUGCAAUCUGGAAAAUUGGAACUGGAAAAAGAUGACCCAGAAAUUAUGAUUCUAUGUCUAUCGUGGCUCUUGUAGCAGUAUACAGUAUAGAGAAUCCUGUAGGAUAAUGGAAUACCAAGCAAGAACAAUGACCUGAUUUUAUCUAACCAAGUGCAGAGCAGUUGGUUUUUUUAUGAAACGCACCUUUAUGUUAUUUCACUGAUUCCCUCUGUGUUGAGCAUAAUUGCUGAAAUGGCAUAAGAUUAAUGCUCUUGUUUGUUUGAGCGUGAUUUACAGCAUCAGGACCUCAUUCUGAUUUUUAAAACAGUGGAAUAGGCUAUUUGUUUCGUGCGGCAUCCAGCAGCACACCGAAAAUACCGGAUUUCUGUCAUCUGUAGCCUAACACAGAGCCAUCACUGACUGGCCUACAGAGGAACAUAACCAUCCGAUGAAUAAGGCCUCCCCACAGACCGUGUGAUGUAGUGUUCGGGUUGAAUUAAUCAGGAGCAUCUCUGGACCAAAAAAAAAAAGAAGAAAGAAAUUGUAGCCUAUUUGAGGACUCGUGAAACUGGACCCUGGCAGAGGAUAUAACAGUCCUAUUCGGAAAAGAAACCAGCUUUAUUGUGUACGAGUUUGUUUAUGCUCCGUCCUUUUAAUCACGACGGUUACAGUAAAUUGUCUGUCAAAUGUUGGGGCACCAACCACCUGGCUGUUGCUGGUCUAUCACCGGCGGAAAGGAAGACCAUGCCUAUUGCUUUUGACAUCAUAUGAAACUGUGGGUGGUGUUUUACUAGUCUACAUCCACAAGGGCACUUCAUUUGUUUGUUAAACCCAUAAUCACAUUCCACGUUUGUACGAAGUUGCAUUUGACAGCUCAGGGAUUGAUGACAAGCCGAAGACAAUAUCGUUCCUCCGAUGAAUUCUUUUGGACAAAGUCUGGUUCAGAUACGCGACAGUUAACAGGAAUUCGACACGUUCCAAGUCCACAGUCUGUGGGGUUUCUGCUGUUUCGCUCAAAAUGUGGCGAGAGGGAUCAUAAAAGAGCUUCAGAUUGCAUCAAGAUUUGUCAGGAAAAAGACGAGGAAGAGGCUAUGAAUCCUAGAUGAUGAUGAUGAUGCUCGAUACUCAGAAUGCGACCCAGGAGAUAGGCGAAGAGGUGGAGGAUGGCGCGGUCUUCACCAUCACCCUGCGCAAGGUGCAGAUGCACCACGCGGCCAGCAAGGGCCAGCGUUGGCUGGGCGUGGAGUCCGAGUCGGCGCUCAGCCUGUACGAGACGUGCAAGGUGCGCACCAUCAAGGCCGGCACGCUGGAGAAGCUGGUGGAGUACAUGGUGACCGCGUUCCGUGGCAACGACUCCACCUACGUCACCAUCUUCCUGUGCACGUACCGCUCCUUCGCCACCACGCGACAGGUGCUGGACCUGCUGCUCAACAGGUAUGCCAAGCUGCAGCAUCUACCAGGCUCUGAGGGGCACAGAUUCACCCACGAUGAGCGCACAGAGCUGAGAAACACCAUCUCCUCCAUCCUGGGGGCGUGGCUGGACCAGUACUCAGAGGACUUCUGGAAGCCUCCAGACUACAGUUGCCUGAGGCAGCUGCUCUCCUACCUGCACCUGAACUUCCCAGGCUCUGACCUGGAGCGCCGGGCCUGCAACCUGCUGGCCCAGUUCCACCGCCGGCACCACCAGGAGCCUGACCAUGAGGUGCUUGAUCAUGCCCCGUGCACUUUCACCCUCCUGGAGGAGAACGGCUACGACUACGACCGGCCCGACUUCCUCAGCUUCGACCCCGUGGUGGUGGCGGAGCAGUUCACACUCAUGGACGCGGAGCUCUUUAAGCGGGUGGUGCCGUACCACUGCCUGGGCAGCAUCUGGUCGCAGCGAGACAAGAAGGGCAAGGAGCACCUGGCGCCCAGCGUCCGCGCCACCGUGGCCCAGUUCAACUGCGUCACCCACUGCGUGAUCGCCACCUGCCUGAGUGACCGCACGCUCAAGCCCACGCAACGCGCCAAGGUGGUGGAGCGCUGGAUCGAGGUGGCCAGGGAGUGCCGGAUCCUGAAGAACUUCUCGUCCCUGAGAGCCAUCCUGUCGGCCCUCCAGUGCAACCCGGUCCACCGGCUCAAGAGGACGUGGGACGAGGUGUCCAGGGAGAAUUUCCGCAUCUUCCAUGAACUCUCAGAAAUCUUCUCUGAUGAGAACAACCACUCGCUGAGCCGGGAGCUCCUCAUCAAGGAGGGCACGUCCAAGUUUGCCACCCUGGAGAUCAACCCAAAGCGGGCCCAGAAGAGACAGCAGCAGCAGCAGAGAGACCUGAGUGUGAUGCAGGGGACCAUUCCCUACCUGGGCACGUUCCUCACAGACCUGGUGAUGAUGGACACUGCCAUGAAGGACCACCUGGAUGGAAGUCUCAUCAACUUUGAGAAGAGAAGAAAGGAGUUUGAAGUGAUAGCUCAGAUUAAGCUGCUGCAGCUGGCCUGUAACAACUACAACUUCACCAGGAACGGCCGCUUCACUGAGUGGUUCUCAGGAGUGGAGAAGCUUACAGAGGCCGAGAGUUACAGCCAGUCCUGUGAGAUCGAGCCCCUGUCUGAGUCGGCCUCUAACACACUGAAGGCCAAGAAGAACACAGGCAUCAUCAAACGCUGGAGCGAUCGUCAGCCUGUGGGAUCGGAGGCGGGCUGCAGCAGUGCGGGCAGCUCUCACUCCAAGUCGUUUGACCAGCUGCGUUACGCGCCGUCUCUCGGCGGCUCAUCGGGCAGCGGCGGAGGGGACGGGGGCGACUCGCUCAGCGUGACCUCGGCCGGCUCCAGCAGCUCGGACGUGGAGGAGAUCAACAUCAGCUUCAUCUCCGACUCACCGGACUCUCAGGAGAAAAAGACCUCCACGCCCUCCGUAAAACAUUCCAAUUCUACCUUAGGGAAGUGCGGCCCCAUAGCUGACCUGGCACCCACGUUCUGGGAGUCCACCUCUCUGUCAUCUCUGGACGCCUCUGGAAUGGGCUCGGGCUCAGGCUCCAGCAGCGCCUCAUCCUCCUCGGUGUCCUCCACGCCGGUGACGGCGUCACGCUCGCACAAGCGCUCGGUCUCCGGUGUGUCCUGCUACUCCUCCCUCUCGCUGCCCCUCUACAAUCAGCAGGUGGACGACUGCUGCAUCAUCCGCGUCAGCCUGGACGUGGACAACGGCAACAUGUACAAGAGCAUCCUGGUAACAAGUCAGGAUAAGACCCCAGCAGUCAUCAGGAAGGCCAUGGUCAAACACAACCUGGAUCGUGAGCGACCAGAGGACUAUGAACUGCUUCAGAAGAUCUCAGAGGAGAAGGAGCUGAAGAUUCCAGACAAUGCCAAUGUCUUCUAUGCCAUGAACUCGUCCGCCAACUACGACUUUGUCCUGAAGAAGCGCGGAUUCCCCCGCGCAGGCCGGACCAAACACGUGGCCAGCUCCACGCUGCCGCGCAUGAAGCAGAAGGGCCUGAAGAUCGCCAAGGGCAUCUUCUGAAGCGCUCGGACUGAGCUGGGCACAGGCCGAUUCUGAGAGUUUGCUCUCUUCUCUCCUGUUUGGUGACACCUGCUAGCUCUCUGGCGGUUGCCUUUUGUCGAUGAAAGGGGGAAUGGGUUGUUGGUUCCCCAGACACCCCCCCCCCCCCCCCCCAGUUGUUUUCGUUCGGUUGGUGGGUGCUGGUCACCAGCUGACAUGAUAGCACUUGCUCCCCGUAAUCUACAGCUGAAUGGACUACUCCCGUGCAGUAGACAGGCGAGCACUUAACUGAACCCAUGCGUUUGGAUGGAAGGGUUAAUGUUUACAGCACAGAGCGCCCCCAGCAAGCCUGACAAUGCCAACGUUGCUCUGGCCAAACCCUCAUCCACUUCCUGCCAAGAUGUCAUCACCUCUGGUCUGGUUCUAGCCUUCAAUCGCCCCUGUGAGCUUCUGGAGGAAGCCCUGUAUUCUGUCCAAUAUUGAUGUCUGUUGGACAGCUUAGUGAAGAAGAGAGAGAGAGAGAGAGAGAGAGAGAGAGAGAGAAAGAGAGAGAGAGAGAGAGAGAAAGAGACAGCAAGGACUAUGGCACAAUGACUGCAUAAUGUGCCUUCCGUAUUGCCAAGUUUGCAGAGCCUGCCGUCAGAUGGGUUGCAUUGGGACGGAAUGGAAGAGGAAGCUGAAGGACCCUAGUUGACCACUCGAGCCCUGUGACGAUCAGACGCGGCAAAGAGCCGCCACCUGAAGGACAUACUGUAAACACAGACCCUUUAACUGUGGCUGCCUCUUCACUAGAGAGUCAAACACACACACACACACACACACACACACACACACACACACACACACACACACACACACACACACACACACACUCACUCACUCACUCCAGAAUAUCCCUUUUCACUGUCAAUGGGAUAUCCAUGUUCGAGUUUGUUAGACUUUUAAGAAAAAUGGGGCAUUAGGACUAAAUCUUUCCUGUAACACUCAGAACCUACCGGUAUGUGGUUUUCGCAUCCCCUUCUCUCCAAGUGGUGCUAACAACGUCCAGACACUACAGGCUGUCUGCUCUCCCCCUCCUCCACCUCUCCUGUCUCCAGCACGAAGGACUAUAAGUAUCAUGGACUCAAAAUCUCAUGGGCAGUAUAGCCACCUCAAGCAGGAGUAGCGGGAAAGAAGCAGUCACCAUGAAAUGCGAUGAUGUGCUGUACGUCUUGAGGUGGUGGAUGGAAAAGAGGCUUGUUGUUCAUGGGAGUGCAUUUACUAUGGUCAUGGUUGGUGUUGCAAAGUGUUCUGUUGUGGUGUUAAUGGGGGCUCAAUGAUAAUGGCUAAUCGUGGAACAGCAAUGUUUCUAACUUUUUAUAACAUGGUGGUUGACCAUUUUACUAUGAUUGUACCCACAGCUUUUUUUUGACCCUGCUUGCGCUCUUUGUUUAAAAAAAAGAGCAGGGCAUUCUGCUUGCUACAAGAAAAAGCCUUGUGUUGCCAUGGUUACCAUUCAUUUCUAGUUCUACAGAAUGUUGGCUGGACCUCUCUUGCCAUUGGAUGGAUCCCUAGGGUGCCAGAACUUCAUGCCAUUGGCUGGCAUGACAGUGACAGAUGAACACAGAGUACAGCAGGAAGCGUGGGAGUAAAGAAGUGGGAGAAAGUUACAGUGAAAGUGACAGAAUGAGAGAGAGAGAGAGAGAGAGAGAGAGAGAGGGAGGAGGGGAGUCUAAUGAAUGUUGUAUUGUGAAAUGAAUUGUGAUUUCUUUUCUUCACUAUUUUAGCAUAGUUAUUACUGUCAAGAAAAAAAAAAAGAAUCAAAACAAAAAAAAGGAGCGGACAAUCUCCCCAGUCUGUCUUUUCUGUCCUCUCUCUUUUCUUCAACCAUCUCUUCUUUCUCUCCUUCACACUCUGUUAUUCUGUUUCACUCCAUCUGCUGAUAGUCCAUCCAGCACAGCGCAUGUACUGUACAUACUUUCCCCACCUUCUCCCAGAACCUGAUGGUUUUGCCUGUAGAAAGGAAGGGCGAGUGAAGAGGAGGUUUGACUUCCCUUACCAGAUCCAGUGCACCCGUGCCAAAGAUCACGUAGGGCGAUGAACACGUGUACCUUUCUCAUAGUAAGUUGUCUUGUAGUUGAAUGGUCGUUGACGUGUCCCCAUCUUUGUCCAUAUUGUCAUGGACUGGACAUUGAAUAAAUUUCCCUAAGGCCUGUGAGUGAUUGCCAAUGACCCUGACAUGAAUGACCCUGCCAUGUCAGUCCUAUUCCCGAUGGCAGCUGAUGUCUGUGUGACCCGGAUCUGUGCCAGGCUUGGCUGGGUCUAUUCUACAGUUAGCUGCCACCUGAGACCCUUUUAUGUAUGAGGACUUCCUCAAAAACCAAACCCUGUCCAUUGGUAUACCCCCCUGUGUGGAGGGUAACAUUAUGCAGCACUGUGUAUCCAUAGCUGUCCUGUGUGCCUGACCAGACGUAGACGUGUGUGCGAGUACGGUAGUUCAAGAAGGAGAGGAGGAGAGAGGGAGAGGCACUGACCUGUGGAGGCUCGUGGGGUGUCUCCUCCAAAGGUGUUCUGCAGUAUGUAGGAGUUUAGACCCGGUAGGUGAGAAUGUUGCUUUUCAAACUGUUCUGGUAGGUAGAUGUAAGGUGCACUACAUGACAGCAGUGUGUAAGUCAAGAACACAAGUGAGACUUUUUUUACUUGUGAUGCCUUUACCUGCCGCCUGUGCUUUUCUCUUGAGUGACUGGGGAGGGGGGCAGGGGGGGUGGGGCGGGGUCUCAGUUUAAUUUCCCAGAAUACCCCUCUUCCUCAGGGGAAUGGACGUUGAUGAUGAGGUUGGAUUGUUUUGAAUGUGUUACUGUUUCCAAAUUUCAGAUUUGUAGUGUAUUUUGUUCCCUUUGAUGUUUUAACUGUACAGGUAUGUGUGUGUGUGUGUGCACGUGUGUGUAUGUGCCUAUGUAUGUGUGUGUGUAUGUGUGUGUGUAUUGUCUGUGCAUCUGUGUGUGUGUGUGUGUCCCGGUUAGUGAAAAUGGAAAGGGCCAAAGAUCUCACCCGAUCAUUCUGGAAAGCUUUGCGCUCACGAGCACUGCCUGAUCAGGAAGUCACUUUGGGCCUCACAAAAAAAUCAGUCAACAGAAUCUGGUGCCAUCACUCUUUCACUGUUGAAAAAAUGGAAAGAAAAAAAAAAACACUUUCUAACAAUUAACAGUUCUUUUUUUCUAUGUUCAUUUUGUAUUUUUUGUAUGAUCUAAGAUUAAAUGUACUUUGUAUCUUUGCUUUUAAUUUUUCUUUUGUAUGGGCGGAGUGUGUGUGUGUGUGUGUGUGUGUGUGUGUGUGUGUGUGUGUGUGUGUGUGUGUGUGUGUGUGUGCGUGUGAGUGUAUGUGUGUGUGUGUGCAUGUCAGCUUUAUUUAUUGAUUUGUAAAUACCUUUUGUAGCAUUGUACAUUUUGUUUCUUCUCCCAUGUAAUUAAAAUUAAUAUAUAUGUAAAUAUAAAUAUAUAUAUGCGAAGUUUAUACCACUGUAAUUGUGGGUUCACAUGUUUCCCAUCUCCUUGUUGCCGUUCUUUCUCUGUUUGUCCUGUCUUUUCUGAAGGGUCAAUUUUGAUAUUGCUUUGCCCCCUGAAGCGCUGUUUCUAAUGUUGGACAAAAAUCCCACCUAAUAAACACAGACAGUGUGAUUAAAA